GGAAGGGCUUGUCAUGUCAAACCCUGCGCCAAUCAGAUGUUUCCCCAUGGCUCUGCUUUACCGGAGCUUAAAAUGGGUCAUGAUCUUAAUAAGAAGCGAGUUUUAAUAGUGAUACAGGAAAGAGAAAGAGACAGCGCAUCUUACAGAGACACAGACAUCACGACAGCCUAAAGAGAGACAGAGACCAAAGGGGCAGAGAGAGGACGAGUUCCAUCGAACAGCACCGCAGAACCACACGGGACCGACCUGGGAAGGACAGGGAAAAAAACAAAAACUAAUCCUGACCUGAUCCGGGCAUCCCAUAACGGAAAACUUUACACGUUCCAGCUGUAAGAGCAAGAUCAAAGCGGAGGCCUCUGUGCAAAAUGUCUAAACAGCCGUCAACAAACGUAAAAGCUUUACAGGCCAACCUCAAUAUUCCGAUGGGAGCUUUGCGUCCGGGAGCAGGACUUCCUGGGAAGAGGAAAGACGAGACACAGGACACGGCAGAGGUACCAGCCGUCACUCCGGAAGAAAAGAAGCACCUUCCUGGUGCUGUGAAACUUCCAGGGCCGGCAGUCGACCUUUCCGAGAUCAAGAAUGUCAAAAGCGAGCUCAGAUGGGUCACUAAAGAUUAGACACACUCAGGUGACCCCGCCUUGCUUGUGUUACAGAAGGAGACAGACAGCUCUACCAGCUCUAACUAUUCCAUUACUGAUUCUCUACGACAAUGUCCAUCAACUCCCAAAUUUCCCGCCACUGAAACCAAGACGCCCAUCCUCCAAUGAACUGCAAUAACUCGUCAAAGGUUUCCAUCCCUGCAACCCACAUAGCAAAGUUGUUUUUCUGGUUCAAGAACGGAUUGGAGCCCUAUAAAAAUCCCCGACUUCAGUUAUCCCGAGUGCUUGAGAAUUCAUGGUUUAGAACCCAUUUCAGAUCUGGUACUGAAUCUCAGCCUUCUCUAAGGCUAGAUACUGCAUACAAAUUAUGGUCCGAGAAUGGCUCAGGCUAUUUUGGCAGAUUACAGCCACAUAGCAUCUAUGAUGGUCCCAAAUCCGUCCCAGAAGUCAUCUCUAAUAACAUGUAGACUUUGGUUUCAAAUCUCAGCUGUCUCUCGCCCAAGAUACUGGUUCUCCAAGUUACAGCUGCAUAACAAUCAUAACAGUACCAAAGCUAUAAUUGCCAUAUUAGUACCAAAUCUCAGACUGCAGUUAUUGCUAGACCCAAUUAACAAUUUAGUACUGAGCCCAGAUAUUGCAAAUAAUGAUGGUCCAGACUGGUUCUCCAUCUGAGAGCUGCAUAACAGCCAUUAUAGUAGCAAAUCCCAGAGAACAUUCAUCCCUAUUAUUGGACCUUACACAAACCUAAACCUAUUUUAUAUAUCUGCUACCAAAUGUUAUCCAUUUUUUGGCUCAGAACUCACGAAGAAUGAUGACCAUGUAAACCUUUCAGCCCAGAACAAUAAGGUCCAAGAAUGGUCCAGACUGGUUCUCCAUCUUAGAUUAGCACUGCCUAACAGUGCCAAAUCCCAGCAAACAGAAGACCCAGAAUAGCUUGCCAGCGAAGGAAAAAGCAUGCCAGAGUCAACCAAAUUUCAAACAUCUUGGACCUUUUGUAUAUUGUGAAGGUUAUAGCACAAGAAUGGUCUACGAUGUUUACCACCCAUUUUAGAUCUGGUACCAAAACCUCAAAGAAUGUUGAGCACCUAGAUUACAGCAGCUUAUCAGUCCUAAUAGAACCAAAUCCCUGCCAGCAGUCAUCACUAUUACUCAUUUAUGGUACUGAAUUGCAGCAUCUUGCAUCUUGACCCAGAUACCACAAAGAACGAUGGCUCACGAUGACUCCGAAUUGACUAUCAGAUGAGGCAAAAGAGACAAAGCCGUACCAAACAAAUCGCCAGCAUUUUGGACGCAUCCCCAAUCAGCCCACAUGCUGUUUACCAUCAGAGAUGUGGCACCAUCAAUGCCAGACAUGGCACCAUGCAGCUGCAGACACCAUUCCCCCCUGACUUGAUGGCGCUUCUUGACCAGAUAAUUUUGCUAUGUAGGUAUAAAAGCACACGACUCGAACCUGAUGAAAACCACAAACUGCACAUUUGACAUGGAAUCAUGGCAAGCUGUUCUCUUUGAUAUCUCUUGUUUUAAAUCUAAAGUGUGUGUGUGUGUGUGUGUUUGUUUUAGCAGAGGUCUGAUUUCAUAACAGAUCUGCAAGCUCCUCUGCUGCCAUGUGUGAAGUCACAUAUUUAAAUUCCUUUUAUAGAGCCUGAAUCAUAAUGUAGCAUGAUGAUUAGUCCGUGCUGUUCGUGUUAAUAGUGGAAAAUGCCGUCUCGCUUCAUUUAUGCUGAACAAAUGUGAGACAUUGGAAAACAUGUUUUCAUACUUCAUGGCCUUUUCUUUUGAACCACUAUGUUUUUUUUCUGCCUUUCCUUGCCAUUGUUCUCUGGCUUCGUUUUGAGAGCGUGUAGGCUGACAUGCAAUAAAAACACGAUUUCUCAGUGUCACAGUGUAGGAGGGUGAAGCAAUCACAGGUUGUCUUAGAGCAAACAGAACUGAAUUUCCAACACGUCGUCACUGUUUUAUUAGCUCUUAAAUGUGAUAUUUGUGAAGAAGGUUUUCUCUCUUUUUUUCCUCCUGUUGAACAAGCAGCACAUCAGUGAAAGUGUCCUUAUUGAAGAUUCUGACCAGAGUCAGAAGGGCUAAGAGAAAAUAAUGACCAUGUGUGAAGUAUAAUAAAAACUUGGGUCAAAAAUAAAAUAUCAUGCCACAUAACUGA